UUGGGCAGCGGCAAACUUCAAAGUAAUAAAUCUUAUUUCUGACUGGCUGGCGGCCCACCAAAGUCCUUAUCAAAUUCUAAGAAGUGAUCCCUCACUCUUCAGAUAGAGCAAGGAGAUCUCAGAGAGAGGAGGCACCGAGGAGUGAAGGAAGAGCUGCUCGACGCGAUAUUUUUACUGCGAAUGUUCACAUUUAUCUGAAUUAGCGUUGUUAUUUUUGUAUUUCAUCGAGAGGGAGGAGGACGUUUACCAUGGCAGCAGUGGCUGUACUGCGGAAUGAAACACUCCAGGCUUUUCUCCAGGAUCGCACUCCGAACUCUUCUCCAGAGAACUGUAAGCACUCUCCGCUGGCUCUCCUGGCUGCCACUUGUAACCGGAUCGGGCAUCACCACGGAUCCAACCCCACAGAUUUCCUCCAGGUUCCUUACGACCCGACCCUGGGCUCCCCAUCGCGCUUAUUUCACCCGUGGACUAACGACGGAAACCAUCAGAGCAGCUUGGCCAGCAACUCUACUUUCGGACUAUCCUCAAAGCCCCAGCUGUCUGCGCACAUCCAGAGCUCGUUCAGCUCGCACCACGAACUACCCCUCACCCCUCCGGCGGACCCCUCGUACCCCUAUGACUUCUCCCCCGUGAAGAUGUUACCUUGCUCCAUGCAGUCUCUGCAGUCCACCUGCCCUCCCACCUACGUCCCCGCUGUCAGUUACGCAGCGCCAACUCCCAUCCCUCCCGCGAUGCCAACUUUUGUCACAGGACACUCCGGCCUUGUGCACCACCAGCAGCAGAGACAGUUGUCCCCAAACCCUGGAGAGGAUAUCCCGUGGUGGAGCCUUCAGCAGGGGAACCAUGUCACCCACUCCACGUCCCUUGGUCAUCAUCGCUUCCAGCUGCAGAGGGGCUUGGUUCUGGGACAUACGGACUUUGCGCAAUACCAAACGCAGAUCGCGGCUCUGCUGCACACAAAGUCCCCCCUCGCCACUGCGCGACGGUGCAGGAGGUGCAGGUGUCCGAACUGCCAGUCCUCCACGUCCAGCGACGAGCCUGGCAAGAAGAAGCAGCACAUUUGUCACAUACCGGGCUGCGGGAAAGUUUAUGGGAAAACUUCUCACCUCAAAGCGCACCUGAGGUGGCACUCUGGGGAGCGGCCGUUUGUGUGCAACUGGCUCUUCUGUGGGAAGAGCUUCACCAGGUCGGACGAGCUGCAGAGACACCUGAGGACUCACACUGGGGAGAAGCGCUUUGUAUGCCCAGACUGCUGCAAGAGGUUCAUGAGGAGUGACCACUUGGCAAAACAUGUGAAAACUCACCAGAACAAAAAAAGCAAGUGCCACGACAAGACACUCGACCACGUGAAAAGGGAGGACACGAGGAAUAUGUUGUAACACACCUUGUUGUCGUUUUAACAGUAGAUAUCACAUUAGUGCAAUACAGUCAGUCCUACAUUAGUGCACAGUGAGCUGCGAUUUCUUCCUUUACUGUUCAGUUUGUUGGUUUAUUUCACACCCUGACAAUAGUUUCUCACAUUGCUGGUCUGUGUAGCACAUUUGUGUAUAUAUAGGUAUAAAACGUUUCAUAAGUUCAUUUGGGACCAUGGAGAAGUUAUAGCUCAUAAGUUUGAAUUCACUGUCUAUAUCAUAUCAAGGAGACAAGUUUUCAACUUGUGUUUUGGUCAUUGUCUUCGGUGGAAGAUUUCGCUCCCCUGUAAAUUCUAUUUAAUAGCUUUUGUUGAAUGAAAGUGUCCGUUUUUUGCUCCAUAUGGGGUGUUUUAAAGCAUGCUCUUGAAAAGAUCUGCUAUUGUUGAUAUGACCCAAAUACUGUGUGAGAAUAAAGAUUAUAACAUUUUCCUCAAGUCAGAGAAAAAUCAUUUGAUAUCAUUCAGUUGUUUGAUUGUUGAGACAAUCAGGUCUGAGGUCACAAAUAUUACUUUUAAGUAUAAAGAUGACACGCAUCCUGUCAUGUAAAUUGUUGUCAAAGUUUUAGAGUUAAAUACAGUUCAUUUAAUCCACACUGUUUUGUCAAGUGACAUUGAGGAGGGGGAAACUACAUUUUAGUUUCCAUCUGUUGGUGAAAUUCAAAAAUGAGUAAUUCACCUCAAAUUGAACCAUUGAUUUUAUUUUGGCUCGAACAAAAAUGAUCAAAUUUAUUUUGGUUCUUUUUUUUGGCGGUCUUCUCUACUGCAGUCGUUGUUAAAUUUAAGAAGUGAAGAAAUGUCUGAAUGUCCUGAAUUGCCAUGACAAUUAUUUUAAAAAUCUCCACAGAAAUAUUACUACAUUUACAUGCGAUGUUUAAAAAAAAUAAUAACUACAGUAGUGGAGUAAAGCUAUGCAGGCACUGAAUUUUGUCGGCCACCUUAAUGAAAACCUGGCAUAAAGCGAGUAAGAGAAUUCUCUUUAAGGUGCCAACAUCAGAUUUAACUACUUUUAUAUAUUUACAUAACUAGGCCAAUUGAAUAAGAUGGUUUGUUGAAAAUGUGCACCUUUUAAUGAAUAAAUAAAGAGACAAAUAUCAAGUGGGUUUGAAAAUAUAACAGUGGAUGUUAGUUUCAGGUUCAGUUGUAAGAAUGCUUACAGAAUGUGUUAAUGCAGGUUUUUCCUGUUUGUUUUGUGCCAAAGUCUCAGAUUUUAGUUUCCCCUCUGAGGACUCUGCAGUGAUGUCGAGGGUUGAGAAACAUGAACAUCACUCUGUGAGACAGGGUGUGCAGCAGGUGGACCGUAAUGUCUCAUCUGUUACACUGAAAUUUCAUGGAGAACCUGAAGCUGAAGACAGAGACGUCUUUGGAUCACACUCACUAAGAACUCUUUAUUUUGGACAGCUGAGUUUAGAAAUAACUUCAACAACAAAGCAAAUUGACAUCUACACUGAUCAUCAUGUACUACUGAUCACUUCUCUGACACUCAAAGUGCAGUCAAAUGACUUCCUGCUCACUACUUUAUCUUGUUUUCCUCAAACAUUUCACAUCAUGACUACAACUGACUUUCUGGGAAUAAAAUCCUUCUGAAUCUUAAAGUAACUCAUCAAUAAAGAGAAUUAACUAAC